CUCAGUUCUCAGCUCUCAAACCUCCAGACUCAGAGAUCUGGAUCUGAGUUUCAACAAGCUGCAGGAUUCAGGAGUGAAGCUUCUGUCUGCUGGACUGGAGAGUCCACACUGUAAACUGGAGAGUCUCAGGUUGAUGAACUGCAGUUUGUCAGAGAUCAGCUGUGAAGUUCUGGUCACAACUUUGAAGUCCAACCCAUCCAACCUGACAGAACUGGACCUGAGCUGGAACAAGAACUUCCAGGAUUCCGGAUUUCUUGAUCUGUGUAGUUUUCUAGAGCUGCCAGACUGCAGACUCUGAGGUUGAUGAACUGCAGUUUGUCAAAGAACAUCUGGAAACCUCUGAUCUCAGCUCUAAAGUCCAACCCGUCCAAUCUGACAGAACUUGAUUUCAGGUGGAACAGAGACCUGCAGGAUUUAGGAUUUCCUAAUUUGUGCGGUUUUCUGGAGAGUCCAGACUACAGACUUCAGACUCUGAAGUUGAAGGACUGCAGUUUGUCAGAGAUCAUCUGUAAAGCUCUGAGUUCAUCUAAGAAUCACAACCUGUCCAGUCUGACACAACUGGACCUGAGCGGGACCAACCUGCAGCUUACAGGAUUUCUUCAUCUGUGUGGUUUUCUGGAGAGUCCAGACUGCAGACUGCAGACUCUGAGGUUGAAGAACUGCAGUUUGUCAGAGAUCAGCUGUGAAGUUCUUGGUUCAGUUCUGAAGAACAACCCGUCCAGACUGACAGAACUGGAUCUGAGCAACAAUACAAUCCAGGAUUCUGGAUUUCUUCAUCUGCGUGGUUUUCUGGAGAGUCCAGACUGCAGACUGCAGACUCUGAGGUUGUGGGACUGCAGUUUGUCAGAGAUCAGCUGUAAAGUUCUGGGUUCUGGGAAGAACAACACGUCCAGACUAGCAAAACUGGACCUGAGUGGGAACAAAAUCCAGGAUUCAGGAUUUCUUCAUCUGCUGGGUUUUCUGGAGAGUCCAGACUGCAGACUGCAGACUCUGAGGUUGGAGAACUGCAGUUUGUCAGAGAUCAGCUGUAGAAUUAUGGGUUCAGCUCUGAAGAACAACCCGUCCAGACUGACAGAACUGAACCUGAGCUGGAACACAAUCCAGGAUUCAGGAUUUCUUCAUCUGCGUGGUUUUCUGGAGAGUCCAGACUGCAGACUGCAGACUCUGAGGUUGUGGAACUGCAGUUUAUCAAAGAUCAGCUGUGCUGCUCUGAUCUCAACUCUGAAUUUAAACCCGUCCCACCUGAAAAAACUGGACCUGAGGAACAACAACCUUCAUUCUUCAGAUGUUCAGCAGCUCCAGGAUCUGGUGAAGAGUCCAAACUCCAAACUGCAGACUCUGAGGUGGGAGGGAAAAGCUCUUCCCUUUAUCAACUGAGCAAAGAGGAGCAUCAUCAUCAUCAGCUGGUCUGCAGAGAUGUUGUUUCUGGAGGCGGAGAGCAGAGUGAUGGACUUCAUCUUCUCAUUCUAUCUUGGAGUGUUGGAAAGUCUUCCGCUUCUCUUCUCUCUCGUAUUUGUAGUUCCUCUUAAUUUUGUCCACACACUCUUGCUGUAGUUUUCUCCUCAUUUGUCCUGAAACUGUUUCUCUGAAUGAUCUGUGUUGGUGAUUCAUCAGAUUCAGACAUGAUGGUUUCCUGCAGAAACUCAGAAGUCUUUUCUGGUGUUUCUUGGACUCCUGCACGUCUCUGUACCACAGAGUGGACCAGCAUUCUCUGAAAAUCCUUCAGCUGGUCCAGAAAGCAGCAGCAUGGCUGUUGACCAAAGAAAGAAAACCUUCCAGCAGUUCUGGCCUCAGGAUUCUCCAUCUGGGAGCAUUUUGGUUCUUCUUUUUCAUCUUUCAUCAGACCUUUCAGAACCACAAAGUGGACUGAGUUCCUCUGAUUAAAGGCUGCUGGGUUUUGUAUUUUGUUCAUUAUUUUACAGGAUUUUCUUCUAUUGUUUCCAUGGUAACUGUGGGAACCGCACUCCUGUUUACUCUGAGUCCUGAAGCAGAAAUCCCACCAGAACAUUUUAAAUUAAGGAUCCAUUUUGGGACCUCUUUUAUAUAUUAUAUAUAUUAAUGAUUUGAUGCGUUCUUGUAAAACUAUGUUCCUUCUCAUGUUUGCAGAUGAUA